UGGGGUGAUACAAUUUGCACCACCUGGAUCGAAUGCGUGCACCGUCCCAACCGCAGAAAACCACUCGCCAACGAAUGGCCCACGCAACGCCAGUAGCCCCUAAAGCAAAAUUAGGCAAGCCUAGCUUUUUCAACACACUCGGGAAGUCUAUCUUGACCACUUUCUCUCCGAAAUCAGCGGAACGACGCCAGCCCGCCGUUGACGACGACUGUUACUCAGACGACGACUAUUACGAAGACGAGAACGACUACCUUGUCGAGCCUAAACCUCUGCCCGGAAAUUUCUCGUUCGAAGAAACCCGUGCAGCAUUUUUAAGUAAAGGAAAAGGUUUACAUAGCCCGUCCAAUCCAAUCCGAAACUUGAUCGGGGAAACGUCCAGUCAGCGCCAAGACGAUAGGGCCCACGCCGUCAGCAAAUCCCUACCUAGGACACCGGUCACCCAUACUCGCCUUUAUCCCGAAUUAAACGCUGACGUGGAAGACGUCGAACUUCGCACCGAAGAGGCACCUGAGCAGUCGGGUCCGGGUCUAACGGUGCGGAAAAAUCGCAACAUCCGAGUAAAGGGCCAGCCGCCGACCCGAGUCAGUGAACGUAAUCGAAACAAAGCUUUCCAGCCCCUUGUGCCAGAAACGAUUAAACCUGUCGAGUCCACUCUGAUUGACGACAUCUAUCUCAAACUCGAGAGCGAUCCCGAGUCAGCAGAUGAGAACGACGAUUUCAGCAGCGUGAAGUCUCAUAACGAUUUAGAAGUCGAGCAAGACCUUGAACGCACCAGAGAACGUGUCGAGGAAGAUUUAAGAGGGAAAGAGAAAGUAGAAACGCCUGCCGACGACCAGUCACUCCCACCCCUUAAAUAUUCUUCGACGCCUAUUAGCAGAUAUCAGAAUUUUUAUACAGACAAAUCACAACAAACGACAGAGAAACUAGCUCCUACUAAUCAAGUAGGAACACAGACGAUCUCCCCUUCAACCCGAUUGGUGGGAACGCAGACGCCUCACCCGUGCACUCGACAAAAACAAAGUUCACACCGUACAAAAGCGUAA